UUCUGAUAUAUUAAUUUUCCAUGUAAACCUUGAGACUUGAGAUUACGCAUAUCAAAUAUUCUAACAGACUAUUAGCUGUAUAUAUGUAUGAGGCUCAUCACAUUCACGUCCACACCAACUAACAAGCAACUGUUCAAACCAACCAUAUAAUAUAACGUGCAGGAAACUCCAACUCAUUUGUUUUUACACCUCUCUGGUUCCAUUGGCUUUCCCCCCAAGUCCAUAUCCAUCUAUAUAUAUUUGCAGAAUAUCAUUGUUUUGUUCAACUAUCCUUAUCUGUUAUAUCUCACCACUAAGUUUAUUAUUAUCAAAACCAAAAGCUAGCAAGCUACCUUGCAAAGCAACACAUGGCUUCUACAGACAAGCAUGGCGACACUGAAUACAGAACAUCAUCUUCAACUCCAGCUCCUGCGGGUGUUGAUUACUUUAAAUUUGAUGUUAUCCUAAGGUUUGUGUUAUUUGCAGCAUCACUGGUAGCUGUUGUGGUGAUCGUCACUGGUAAUCAAACAGAGGUUAUUCUUGUGCCACAGCCUGUGCCAUGGCCAGCCAAGUUCAGAUACACACCAGCCUUUGUGUAUUUUGUAGCUGCAUUGUCCGUUACUGGCCUCUACAGUAUCAUUACAACACUUGCAUCACUCUUUGCCAGUAACAAGCCAGCCCUCAAAACCAAGUUGCUCCUCUACUUUAUCUUAUGGGAUGCGCUGAUAUUGGGGAUAAUAGCCUCAGCAACAGGCACAGCUGGGGGUGUAGCAUAUUUGGGUUUGAAGGGAAACAGCCAUGUGGUGGGUUGGAAUAAAAUUUGCCAUGUUUACGAUAAGUUCUGUAGGCAUGUUGGUGCCUCCAUAGCAGUGGCUUUGUUUGGAAGCAUUGUCACAGUCUUGCUCAUUUGGCUUUCAGCUUACAGCAUUCAUAGCCGAGUCCCCAAGUAGAUGGAAGGAACAUGGAUCAUGCAUUCACACAUCUUCAUUUAUUGUUUAUAAAGUUAGCGUGCUCAGUAAUUCAGUAAUUGUUAAGAGUGUGUAGAUGGUUUAAUGUAUUGCUUCAGUUGUGUUGAUUAUUUUUUGUAAAUCAGUGUUUUCCCCUCCAAGUACCUCAGUUGUAUUUUACUACAUGACAUUCGUGACAUAAAUUGAAAUUUUUAAUUAUA